AGUGACAACCAACAGAAUGAUGACCAACCAAGUGAUGACCAACUUAGUAACAACCAACCAAGUAACGAUCAACCGAGUGACAACCAACUAAGUGAUGACCAACUAAGUGACGACCAACUAAAUGACAACCAACUAAGUGACGACCAACUAAAUACAGCUGCUACUAUGAUUGCUAGAUCUAGUUGUUCUUACAUGGAAGAUGUAGAAGAAGGGCUAAAUAGCAUG